AACCUCACCGACACACACCAACAACAAUUUCCUAGAAAUUCCAAACCUUGCUUGACGUUCUUGAUGGUGAUGAUGAAGUCGACUACAUUUUUCUUCGCCCUGAUUUGCCUUUUCAGUGUUGAGUUUGCCAAUGCUGAUAAAGAUCAUGAAAAGAAAAAGUAUACUAAAGGAGCUCGUUGGUCACAUUACUUGGAGAAAGUGGACGAGGCUGUCGCACAAUAUGAUGACUGCUCUAAUGAGGACUGUGGGUGCUUCACCAGUGUUCUAGAUGCUGAUCUUGCUGUAUGGGAAAACAAGGGCAAGAUAACACAGAAGGAUGUGGAAGCUGCUCUGCCCUUCGGUGUCCAUUACCAAAUAUUCAAUCACAAACUCUACAGACACAAAGACUGCAUGUUUCCUUUCAGGUGUAGUGGAGUGGAGCAUUUUCUGCUGGAACAGUUGCCUCAUUUGCCGGACAUGGAGAUGGUCAUAAAUGUAAGGGACUGGCCACAGACUUCACGUCACAGGGAGCCUCUUCCAGUUUUCUCCUUCAGUAAAGUGGCCGCACACCAUUGGGACAUCAUGUAUCCAGCCUGGACGUUCUGGGAGGGAGGCCCAGCUGUUUGGCCCAUUUACCCGACUGGUUUAGGGCGCUGGGACCUACAGCGAGACAUAAUAUCAAAAAAAGCAGCAGAAUGGCCAUGGGACAAGAAAGAAAACAAAGGAUUUUUCCGUGGCUCUCGGACCAGUUAUGAACGAGAUCCAUUGGUGCUUCUGUCCAGGAAAGAGCCGGACUUGGUAGAUGCCCAGUACACUAAGAACCAGGCUUGGAAGUCAGAAGAGGACACUUUGUAUGCAGCCCCUGCAGAAGAAGUGAAGCUGGAAGACCAUUGCAAAUACAGGUACCUGUAUAACUUCAGGGGUGUGGCCGCGAGUUUCCGCCUGAAGCACUUGUUCUUGUGCAACUCUACAGUCUUCCAUGUGGGCAAUGAGUGGCUUGAGUUUUUCUACCCAGCUCUCAAACCUUGGGUCCACUACAUCCCUGUAAGCACGAAGCUUACAGAAGGAAGAGAUUUGUUCAUAUUUGCAAAAGAAAACCAGGAGGUUGUGAAAGGCAUAGCUGACCGAGGUCGCCAAUUCAUCGUGGACCACCUCCGUAUGGACGACAUCACCUGCUAUUGGUCAAAGCUUCUACAACGCUAUGCUCAGCUUCUCAGUUACAAGCCACAGAAAAAGUCAGGUUACAUCCUCAUCAAACCAGGGUCAUAGCACAGGAUACCACAGGAUAUUUUAUGAAUGCUGUGAAUAUGUAGUUGAGUGUCUGAUAAAUCAUGCGUUUAUUGAUUGCUUGUGUAGGUAUAAUUAAGUUGGCUUUUAACUGAUUUGCAAGAGUUUGGUUGUUUUAUUAAUACAUAUAUGACUUUUUGCUUUUAGCUUGUUCAUUUUGUUUUUGGAGCGCCUUAUUGGUUUCAUUUUAAUCAUAAAUGUAACAUGACUACUAAGGGAAGUGUAAAUCUCUUUUCUGUCUACAAAUGUGAUGAGGUAAAACAAAACCCUCGAGUUUUUUUAACAUUUUGAAAAUGUCUUCAAAUUAAAAAUAGGGAUUACUGAU